AUGAGUGAAAGUCAGAUCCUCCGUACAGGCGUCUUGUUUAAAAAGGGGUCUGGUGCUGGUCCAUUUGGUCGUAAGAAUUGGAAACCUCGGUACUUUGUUCUAACGCCUUCACGUCUUCAAUAUUUCACAUUUGAAGAUGGGGAAUGCAAAGGUGAAUUAAGUCUGCAAGGUUGUGACGAAGGCGUGUUGGAAGUAAUGCCGGCGGAUAGUAUGAAGACCGGGAGCAGUGCGUCAACUAUUUGGCGGGUCGCUAUUAAUGCACCGGAACGUCGGUUGUUAGUAGCCGCUGGAACGGAAAUGGAAAUGAAUGAUUGGGUCGAUAAGCUCGUCAUGGCUUUUCGGAUCAAUUCUGGCCAACCAUCAAUGCAACGGGCAUCAAUGCCGGCUCCAUCUUCUACUACAAGUAAUACUGUUAAUAGUAAUCCUAGUAUUCGAGACUUUCGGAACUUUUCCGUGCCGAGACGUGGAAUGAACCAACGUCAUAGUAUUGGGGGAGAUAUUCAUUCGUCUAAUGGACAUGCUCAAGACUUUUUGCAAGUACAGGUAGAGAAUUUGAAGCAGCUUCAAUUAGAGGAACAACGUGGUCAAGAUGAAGUAGAAGAGGACAGACUCGAGCAGUUGCGACAGGAGCAGCAGCUAGAGGAAACACAGGCUGAGCAGGAUGAUGAGAUGCGCAGACAACUUGCAACUCAGCAACAGAUGGAAGAGAUUGCAGCUAGAGAAAUGGAAAAGACGGUAGGUAGAAAGCAGGAAGACGCUGCAGCUAGAGAGAUGGAAGAGGCUGCGUUUGCUGCUGCCGAAGAGUUGCAGCGUCAGGAAAAGCUAGAAAAGCUGGCUCAAAUGGAGCGCAAAUUGCAGAAGCAGAAGGAGAUGCAGAGGCAACAAGCAUUGGAAUUACAGCGGGCACGUGAAGAGGAGGAUGCGCGUUCACAACAUGAACAGGAGCAGGAGGUGAUCCGAAACAAGACACUGACAGACGAGUUGGUGUUGCAGGAGACACUUAAACCUCAACAAGGUGAAGAUCUACUGGAGAUGCAGCGUCGCCAAAAACGAGAAAAGCACGCAUAUCAACGUGCCGAGCGUCAGAAAGCAAUCAAGUUGCAGCUGGAGCAGGAAAAGGACGCGCAGGAGCUCGCUUUGCGCGUGUCACGACCGAUGAACUCUCGUUUCAGUGACGACGGUGGAUCGGACGACAGUGACAACGAGCCUGAACGCUCGUCGCUGCCUCGUGGAAGUGGUGGUGGUGGUCUGAAAGGGGAGGGCGCGGCGCGUCUUUCUGCUUCUCAGGCAUCUGCCACUGCGCCACGCUCGUCGCUGGUUGGUGACGUGAAGCGCGAGAUGAUUCAUAAGCAGCAGAUUGAGCAUCAGCGGCGUCGCGAGGCUGCGCUUAUGCAGCAACAGCAGACGCGAGAUGCCGAGUGGCGCGAGCGGCGUGUGGAAGUGGAGCAACAGCGCGUCAGGAUGGAGGCUACAAACGUGCGUGAGGCUCCUCGUGAGGUGGAAGUGGCGCCUCGUGAGAUUGAGGUGGUACGACGGGCACCCGUGAAGAAGCCAGCGCCGGCCACCGCUCCCAUGGAGAGCCUUGAGUUUUGA